AACUUUUUGAAGUAGGGAAGAAGGGACGCGCAAGGGUACCCGAAUCCUGAACCGUUAAGGUUUCGGACCAAUUUCCUGUUUCCUUAACAGGUCAUUCGGUUUCGAAAAUCUCAAGGCGCCAAACACAUCCACAAUGGAAAACGAUAUCAGGAUCUUCAAGAAACCCGAGGUUCUGCAACUAUUCGUUCGCUUACUCCACGGCAAAACCGCAGUUUUAACAUUCACGGCUCCGCACGCGUUCGGUUACCAGAUCAAGCAGCUAAUCUUUGAGGCUACCAAGAUUCCCACCGACGUUCAGCGUCUCAUAUGUGCCGGCUACCAGGUCGGCGACAGGGCGGUGAUUUCACUCCCUGAUUCUACAAUUCACCUCUUGCUGAGGCUGCGAGGCGGAAAGGGCGGAUUCGGAUCUCUUCUGCGCGGCUCGGCCAUCAGGCCUGGGCAAAAGAAGACGAACAACUUUGAAUCUUGCAGAGAUAUUAAUGGGCGGAGGCUGAGGCAGGUGAAUAUGGAGAAGAGACUAGAGGAGUGGAAGAUGGAGGAGGAGGAGAGGAAACUGGAGAAGAUCGCGGAAGAGUUCAUAAAGAAGAAGACAAUGAAGGGCGAGGCGGGGCAGAAGUAUGUAGAGGAAUACAGAGAAGAGUCGGCCAGGUGCGUGAAGGAGGUGAUUUUGGCGGUCCAAGAGGCCUGUGGGAGUGGGAAGAGGAAGGCCAAGGCUGCGAGAGGGUCAGCUGAGGCUAAAAGAUUGAAGAUUUGGAUGGGAAAUAGAGAAUUAGCAGAGAGUAAUGAUGAUUCAGACGAGAGUAGCAGCGAUGAUGAGAAAGAAAUCUGUCGUCUUAGAUAAUUGAUAGAAUCAUAGGCUUAGUUUGUUUAGAUAAUUGAUAGAAGCAGCAAGCAGAUGAUGUUCCUUUGUUGAAAUUGUUACAUCAAUUGUGAUAAUUUGAUGAAGAUGAUUCCACUUUCAGAUAGAUAUACAUACACAUGUAUAUAUUCAUUUUAA